GGGACAGGGAAGAAAGGGGUUACUCCAAUUAAAAAUAAAAUGAUGGCUUCGUUUCAACUGUCAAAUUAUACGUUUGCCAGUCUUUUCUUUUGGAUGGACCAAUACAGGAAAUUUGACUACGAGAUAAGCCAGUCAACAAUUAAAGACCCUGAAGUUGCUGGUUAUUUAAGGACGGAAUGUGGAGCUAAGGAAAUAUGUGCCGGAACACUAUUUCCAGCCCUCUCCCAAAAUUUUCCAAAUGGUGUUGUUGCAAUUAGAACCAGAACUAUUAAUUUCCCUUCUGUUUUGUUUGAACGGGGAAAGGCUGUCGUACUUGUCGAAAGCAAAAUUGAUGCCUUUGUAAAUGUAAAUAAAUUAAUAAUAAAACUUUUUACAAUUUGUAAAAAAUAA